CUUUGCUAUGGGAGUAAUGAGUUUGCAUUGGGGCGAUACACGAGUCGAUACACAAGGUUUCCUAUUGUCAACAUUCUGUUUUUAUGGAAUUGAUUAUCUUUUUCUGAUUCUUCGCCGUUGUACUGUUGUACUGUCUGCUAUUAAUUUAUUAUGUUUUUUUUUUCACGCACGCACACACACAUAAAGGUUUUCUUCAGUAUUCAUAACCUUUAUUUUAUUUAUCAGUAUUGUUCUACAACGUGUACCGGCAUAUUCUUAACUUAAGUAAAAAUAGUCUCCAGGCAAUAUCAACUACCAUCUGCGUUUGUUGUGUAUGGGAGAAAAAAAAAAUAGGUUCAGGUAUCGAAGUUCUGAUCUAUCGAUACACCCCAACCCUACCCGUUACUCCGCACUGGACCGAGGCGAAGGCGUUGUCAGUUUUUCUCGCCUCUUCAUUGAUCAGCAGCGAUUCUCUGUGAAAGUCUACCUUAGCCAGACCGUUACAGUCACACGUGGCUGCUUGGCCGGAACAGUUUGUGGCUGUCCUCGCCACUGUGGACCUUCCCGCCAUUGUCUUGUUGAAAUGUUCAAGUGAAAUGUGAACACCAGUGGAGCGUUCAUAGCCUAAAAUAUUAUUGGUAAACUCCAGGUGACCUCUCUCUGACCAGAAAACUCUGGCGUUGUCUGUGUUCUACUAAUGACACAUUCAGUUCCAUUUGGAUUCAUAUUUGGAAAUUCACUGUACUGAGAACAAGCAACGGUCUUUGAAACGGAAGUUUGGGGUUGAUUUCGCUGUAGCAAGGAUAAAGUUACACAAGCAACUGAUAUCUGUGAUUCGACCUGCAAUUAUGUGAAAAUAAAAACACAUCAACCAAGCUAAAUUUCAGUUUCGUAGUCUGACAAACAAACAAAUUAAAGCACUUAUUUUCAGAGGACGAGACAUUCUUGUCGGGGCAGACAAGAAAGCUGUUUGCAGAAGAAAAAGAAGACGACAAGGACUGGACAUGGAGAAGCACAACUAUUCCAGGUCGGGUUCACGUGACUCCAUCACCAUGACUACCAAGGAUUCGAGAAGGAGUGACGAUGCUGGAUCGACCCUGGAGGAAGCGGACUUUAAUUUUAGAACUGGGGAUUCGGACGGCGAAGAAGACACCUCAACAGGAGACAAACUUCAGCUGCGACUACUUCUCUUGGAAGAAAAGGAACGCAGCGAACUGAUGAGAAAGCAGAUCGACGCCUUCCAGGACAAGGUCUCCCUGUGCUUCAAGACCUUUAAGCCGGAAGUGCUUCUUGCCUACAUCCAAGCCCUUGCAUCGCUUCCCAACCAAAACGAAAUCCUAGUCAGCUCCCUCCACUCGCUAGCUCGUCUGCGCAUGGUCGUGCAGCAGCAACUGAGGCGAGCGAGCAUGCGCACUGACGGCACCAUCUACUUCGCGGGCAACCAGCUGGCCUCAGGGGUCGCGCGCUGCACGCAGUACUUCGUGUGGUUCUUCGAGUUCGUGGACUACCUGGGCGAGCUGCACCGCAAUUUCGUGGAUAGGAUCUUCCUCCCGCUUUUUAGGUUUUUCCACGAAUCCACUUUCCUGAGCAGUCAAGGCCGGACGGUCACUUCCGGUUCAACUUUCUCAAAGUUCAGCCAGUUUUCCCAAGAUAGUCAUGACAUGGAUGACGGGGAACACUUCAUCAACGAUGACGACAAUGCAGACUCAGACGUCGAAAGGGCACGACAAAGGUUACACUCGAAGCUUGCACUGGCUUUGCUCGGCAAAGAGUUCGCCGAGGUCAAGGCGCUGUACGACACGACUGAAGUGGAGAAGAUUGCGCAAAGGCUGUCCUUCCUGAAAGAACAGCUCGACUUCAUGCUGGAGGAGGAGGACGAGAUAGACCCAGACCUCUUUAGCUCCGACAGCGCCAAGCUAGUGCAGCACCUGGACAUGUCGGAAGGAACUGAGAAUCUUGUUCGACUACCGGUGGACCUGCUGGUCAAGUUCCGCAAGGCCAUCUGGCUGUCUCGGCAGUGGCUGGACCUCGACGACCGGCGGACCAAAGACUUGGGCGAGAAGCUUAGGAAGAUCGUGGCGUUGGAGAACGUCCUGACCCUGCACCUGACCUCCCUAGAUCGCAACAUUAGCAGCCACGAACGCGAGCUGAAGAAGCACACCGAGGACCUGCACCGUCUGCUGCAGAGGGAGGAACGCUGCGAGGACCUUUCCCUGAGCCUGUACAACAUCGACAAUGAAAUCCGGACGACGAAGAAGGAAGUGGAGCAACUCCGCCAACAGCGGGACCGCAUCGCAGCCAGAAUCGUGAAGGUGACGAAGCGAGGGGAUGUGAGCCUCGGUGGGGAAUACAAGAGGCUGAAGUUGGAGUUCGAGCGAAACAAGCUGCAGCGGUUCUUACUGGAGCGCAAACUGGCCACACUGACCUACCACCGCCAGGUGGCGGAGGAGGACAAACACGUCGAGGUCAACGUGCGGCCCAGCAUCGUGCGUCACACCAACCACGUGCAGGACACGUGCGAGCGGCUGGAGCAAACUCGGGAGGAGAGGAGGCAGCGGGACAACAUCCGCAGCGCUCUGCUUCCCAUCCGUCAGGACCGCCAGGAGCUGGCCAACAAGCUCACCCGGAUGAGCUCCUCGCGACGAGGGGCAGGGGGCGCAGUGGGUGUGGACUCCAGCGGGCGGGGGCUACACGCUGGGGAAGCCAAGUUUGUACGGACAUACCACUCACCGCCACCGCCACGUGCAAGGAAAGCCGUGAAAAAGAUUGGAUGGAUAUCGCCUAUCGAGUGGUGAGGUGUGCAAGUUGAAAAUAAUUCAGGAAAAACUUGCAAAACUUGAACUUUAAGUUAGCCCAAAACAUAAUUUGUUUAUGCGUGCGUGCGUGUGCGUGUGCGUGUGUGUGUGCGUGCGUGCGUGCGCUCA